UUGAGCGUGUGCGAUUUCUCCACUCCACCGCGGAUACCAGCGACACAUGCAGUACAGCGGACCACCUCACCGCUCAUAUGCCAGCAAACUUUCAACGGCGCACCAUUCCACACCGCUAGAGGACAAGUUCAGCGAGAUAGCGGGUCAAUGGUGCUUCUACACUCAGGUACCAGAUGCCACGCUGCAGCACGCAGGAGGAGGCAAAUGCCAUAUCCGCCUCCACUCACAAGCAAACGUGCGGAUAAGCGCAUAUACAAACAUUUGCGGAUCUUCCUGAUUCCAUUCCCGUGGCUAUUGAUUCCAAUCUACUUUUCUGGUGAGGUGCUACGUAUAUGUUCCCUCCCCCACUCCUGGGUGAAUAUCCAGAGACAGGCAGAUUCUUUCCUUUCCUUUCUUCCAGCCAGCCAGCUAGAGAGAGGCAGGCAGGGAGAGUCAGAUAGACGCACGUCGUCCUGGCUCUCUUCCUGCAAUCUUCAGACUCAAAUUCAUAUAUGA